CUUGAAUAAUUUUUAAAGGGACCAGCGUGAUCCACGAGUAAAUCUUCCGAUUAAAUUUUCUUUCGUCCGAGUGCAAUGGCAGACCUAAAUAACGACGGAAAUUCUGCCCCAGAGGUGGAUCCAGCCGCCGAAUUUCUUGCCAGAGAGCAAGAUGAACUUGCAGGGUUGGAAGACGACAAUUUUGUCAGCGGAGAUCCGGCGCCGGCAUCGGAACCAGUCGGGGAGUCGGGAGGAUUGCUCGGUGAUGACUUAGCAAGUUUUGAAGCUGAUCCUAUGAUGGGUGAAGGUGAAGGCGAAGCUCAGCUCAACGGUCCGUCAGACACUUACUCAUCAAUCUCAGCAGUAGACAGGCUCGCUAACGAACCAGAGAAGAUCAGACUUUGGAGAGAAGAACAAAUAGAGAUGCUUGAAAAGAAAGAUACUGAAGCAGAUCAGUUACAGAAUGAGUGGAGGGAGAUUGCUAAGAAGGAAAUUGUGGAAUGGACGGCGCGGCAAGCGGAACAGUUCACCAAGGCCCAGUCCUCCAACAGGGCUGCGGAAAAGGCAUUCAUUGAUGAGCGCGACGAGGAAACCCCCGGUCAGGAAUGGGAACGAAUCGCCCGCCUCUGCGACUUCAACCCAAAGAACAACAAGAACUGCAAAGACGUCACGCGACUCCGGUCUAUACUGCUCCAUCUCAAACAGACAGGGAUGGCCAAAUAGGAACCACGGAAGAAAUGGGGGGAACGUUUUAGUAUCGUGAGUCAUAUAUAUAUAGUAGUCACAAUGAAAAUCCAUUUCUCAUAGCACUUCUCUUUUUUUACCCACCAUUUUCUCAUCAAUCCAUUUCAAAACACAAUUAUUUUUACCUGCAUUUCUAAAUUAGUAGGGAAAAAUACUUUUUGCUUGGACGGAGGGUUCAACUUUGAGUCUUUUUUGGACCACCUGUAGAUGUUGUUUUUUUAUCCGCUGUGAACAAAAAAACUGAAAAAUACAAAUGUAUGAAAGAAUGCCAUUACAGUGUUGUCAGUAGUAAGGAAAUAUUAAAAGCCAAAAGCAAAGUGUGACAUGCUUAAAUAUUUUGUUGCAUGCGUGGAUGAUACAAAUGAUUGGAUUGUCUUGGUGUGAUUCCGUAACAUUUCUUGAGCAGAAAGGAUAACUUUUAUAUAUUUUUCUGGCAGAUUUUGGUGAAGUUUUGUUGCACCGAUUUUAGUGAUGUUUUAAUGUCUCCAAUGCCAACAAAUACACAAAUAUGCAGCUUUGAGUAUCAGUGCUAAAGUCAUAGUAAAACAAUAUGCGUGUUGCUGUUGUGCUUUUGAGGUUUUGGAAGUUAUUUUGUGGUAAAUCGGGGAUAGAGGAACAUACAAAAUCCAUCCAUUCGCUGGUACACAAGUUGGUCGUAUAUUUAACAAGUAUUUCAUUUGUAGAAUAGAAACAUGAAAUCCUGUCCACCCCCCCCCCCCCCGAAAAAAUGCUUCAUGUUAUAUGCCAUUCCAUGAUAUACAUUAGACCAAUAUUAUAAAAAUGUAAUCUUGUUGCGAUUGUAUUGUUUGUAUUUGUUACUUGAAAACGAAAGUUUACUUUAGUGAAGGCAGUUGGAAAAGUGUGAGAUUUGUGUCAAAUUUAGCAGCAGGCUAACAGAACGUGGUGUAUAUUUAGUCGGAAGUAUCGGAAGGAAUUUUUCGUGAUGUUUACAAAACUUGAAAUUUGUAGAGUAGAAUUGUACUUUUGUUGACAAAUAGGCAAAUUGUUAGUGUUUGAAAUUAACCCAGCAACACACAAAUAACCUAAGGCCAAUGAGAACUGUGUUGACUAUUUGUUGUCAAAGGAGGGCGCUCUUUAUAUCCAAUUGAGGAUUUUGUCCUUGAGCUUAAAACAAAAAUCAUUCUCUUUUGCAUUUAAUGUGAAAUAUUUCUUUGGGCAAAAAGUCAUGCAGAUAAUUGUUAAUUUUUAGCCUCAUGGAAUGUUACUUGUUACCUCUGUGUCUGAUAGUAGUAUUCAUCCUAAAUGUUUUCCCCGUUGUAACUUCGUUGGAAAUGUUGCAUUUUACCCCAACCAAGUGUUGAUACAUUUAAUCGCUAUAGACAAAGUAACGUUAUGUUUUCUUACAGGUUACAUGCUGUGUUACAAUUUGGUUGUGUAAAUGAACACAUAUUAGUUGACGACAUCAUGAAAUUAAUCAGCAAAUUCAGACGAUUAUUUAUAUGAAUACAUUUGAGUCACAAAUCAUUACAACUUGUGUUAUAUUCAUCGUGUAAUUUGUUGUCCCGAUAAAUCCCCGUAUUUUGACUGGUUAUCAAAUUUUGUGAUAUGUAUAACAAUGUAUGGAUACAUGUUUAGUAUUAAAUGCUCAAUAUAUUCAAAGAAAAGUC